UUCAGUUUCUUCAAGUUUCAAUUUCAGAAUGCAGUUCAGUGUUGUGUUGUGAGGUGUUAGUUUUAACUUUUAAUUAAACCGUUGUUAUUGCCUUGUCCAAUCUGAUCUGGUUUACAUUGAUGUUUAUUUAAAGUAGAUCAGUGGAAUAUAGGGAGGAUACAUGAACUAAAAUGGUUACAAAACACAUUCAUAAUCACAACAACGCCUUAUGACGAUGAAUUUAUUUGGGAAGAAAUCUUCUCAAAGUGAAACAAACUACAAAUCUAGGCUUGAACGUAAAUUAUAUCUGGCAAGAGAGAACCCAGAACCAGUAUUUGACUUGUCAGAAUGUAAUUUAAAAACUGUUCCUCCUGGAGUUUAUUCCCUUUGCAAGGUUUUCAGGAAAGAGGUUCUUUUAUUACAGGUGAAUCAGCUGUCUUCGUUGCUUGGAGGAGGCCUUCUGUCUGAUCUUCACCUGCUGAAUCAUCUGGACCUGCAUAAGAAUCGACUCACAUCUCUCCCUCAAGAUAUAAUCCACCUUACUAAUUUGCAGGUGUUGAAUGUGUCAUACAAUGAUCUGAAAAAGCUACCGAAAGCUAUCGGGUGCUUGCAAAACCUGCAGUUACUGGAUUGCUCACAUAAUAAAUUGGAGUCGGUGCCAUCCAGCUUGGUAGAGCUUCGUAACCUGACGACUUUAGACUUACGAGACAACCCUCAUCUGACAUCCCUUCCUCCGACCCUACAUCCACCUCAUCUGCUAGUGGACCCCAGUGUCUCAACACAACAUUGUGACACAGAGGGAUCAAGCAAUAUAGAGGGGUAUGACGCUGAGUUAUCAAAAACUGAGGAGGAAGGAAAACGGUUUCAGGAAGAAAGACAGAAAGAUCUCUUGGACAUAGAGAGGAGUUUAAUGGCGCAAAAAGAUGAAGAGUUUAAAAGACAUGAAAGCAUAAAACAGAACAAGGACAAGCUGAUAUUAGACCUUAAACAGCAACAAAAGAAACUUGGACAAGAUGUCAGUCGUUUUCAGUCUCAAAAAGAAGAAGAAAGGUCAAAGCUAUUGAACUACCUUCUUCAAGUGGAGAGACAGACAGAUGAAAGGGUUCAGGACCUGAUAUCGAUGAGUCAAGUGCUGCGGAGGUCAAGUCAGUGGCAGGAGCAGGACAUGAGAGAGAGAGAACUGCUAGAAGAGUACAAGAGACGUAACCAUCAGCUUCGCCAUCAGGAGGUCAUUGAUGCAAUGGAGUUUUUGUUAGCUGAAGAAUGUGCACAACGGAAUAAGCUGCUGGAGUAUGAAAAAAAUAAAGUGGAAAUAAUUCAGAACUCACUGUUGAGAGAGGAAGAGUGGAGAGAGCAGGUUGGUUGGAUGCUGGGUGUGAGAGAUGCUCAACAGAGUGCAGUAGUGGCGGCCGUGGAGACAGAUACUGAGAUACAGAAGGCACUAGUGGCAACACUACUAGAGCGCUCAGAUCUGCGCUCCAGUAGUCUGGUCAUGCAGGUGGCACUGAUACAGCAGCAGUUAGCAGUGCUGACUGAUGUAGAGCUGCAGCGCAGGAAGGUGGACUCUGUACAUCAUGUAAAUGAUUUAGCUGAGAAAAGAAAGGCACUGUCCGAACUUUUGGUGGAAAUUCUAAGGGAGCAGCAAGAGAGGCGCAAACAACUGACCAAUCAGCUUCAGGAGCUGGAAACUGACAGAGAGUUGAGCGGUAGAAGCACAGACUAUUGGCUGCGUCAGUACCAGAGGCUGCUGGACGUUAGGCCACCACAGUUACGAGGUUCUCUUGACCCCAAUCUUGUUUACGAGGUGGUGAGAGCAGGAGCUGCUCACUGUCUACCAUUCCUUGCCUGUUGCAACAUUCACACACUAUCUGCUACACAGCUCUCUCAGGUUGGUGUGACGAGUGUGGAGGACCAAACAGCUGUGUUAAGCGCAGUGAGCUCGUACCUACAGCAGGUGUCUCCCUCUGCCCCUCCUGCCAUGACCGACCCUUACAAGCCAUCCGCACCACCCGUGGAGUGUGUUGUGUGCAUGGAGGCUAAGUGUAAUAUUGUGUUUGUGCCUUGUGGACAUCUAUGCACCUGCGCCUCUUGUGCCUCCAAUCUGCUGCUGUGUCCCCUCUGCCGAUCUAGUCUACAGCGCAAAAUCCAAGUUUAUAUUUAACUAUUUUAUUUCACGCCAAACUAUUUAAGUAUACUCGCUAUUGAAUUAGAUUGUAAAUAUAUUCACAUAAGCCUAUAAAGCACAAUAUUUGAUACGUACCAUUUAUAAGAUUGAUAUUGAAAGACACUAUUGUGAGUUAAGUUAAAAUUAUGUUAUUAAUUAAAUAAAAAUG